AUGUCCUAUUCACCGUACAAUGGCUUUACCCAAUCGAACGUCCCCUAUUCGCAGGAUUUCUCACAAGAUUCUAGCAAAGCUGAAGCUUUUGUAGGAAAUCAUGCAGUCAAUUCCACAACAAAAAGGUAUUAUAAUCCCAAAAAGCUUGACAGAGCUGUCCUUGGAUGUUUCACAGCCUGGAAAUGGGUGGUAUCGGCACUCUUCGGAAUGAUCCCGAUCCUCUUCGCCUUGGGAUUCACUAUUUUCCAUUUUUGUUGCUAUCCGUUAUAUGCAAUAGGUCGUCGGCUUCAGCACGGACGUCGACGCAAUUCCGGGAAACGGCGCUCAGAAACCAUCGCGGAGGAUGCAGAAUCUCGACCAACAGAAAUGGCGAAUAAUUUGAACGUGGAUAGAGAUCAAGAUGAGGCGCCACCACCAUAUGAGAAGGAAAGACAGUAG